GGGUUUUAGCAACAGAGGCUAUCUCUCUAGGGUUUCUCAUUAUCGGCCGUCGGGCAAAGAUCAAUCCAAUCGGGAAGAACUGAACAAGUAUGGAUUCAUUCUCGUCGCCGUCAAGCGGGUCGUCGGAUGAUGUGAUGGACCAGCUCAAAAAUCAGCUCGCCCAAGCUUAUUUUGAGCAGUUCAUUGAGACUGUGAGAGAGAAAUGCUUUGACAAGUGCAUAACCAAGCCUGGGAGUAGCUUGAGCGGGGGCGAGAGCAGUUGCAUCUCCAGGUGCGUUGAUCGAUAUAUUGAAGCCACGGGUAUCAUCAGCAAAGCUCUCUUCAGCCAGCCACGAUGAAACUGCUGCCUGAUUAUGAUUACGUUCCAACCAUACAGACGAUGACUUGGUCUAGAGAACAUUUUUCUCGUAGAUGAUCCGUGAUGUAUUUUGCUAUGUUUCACCAUUUUGAAUAUUGUUCAAUUUGAGGAUAUUAUGCAACUCUCUGAACUCUACCUUUGUCAGAUAAUUUGACAAUAUUAUUAUUAUUACUCAAAUAAUCAAUCAAAAUACAAUUGAAAAA